UUAGCAAGUCUGUCCAUAUUUUGCAAUGUGUGAAUGUGUGUACUGAACAUCUAAGUCAAAUGAUAAAGUAAGGCAAUAACAGGUUAAUCUUUCAGUUUUGCAUUUCGGAAUUAAUCAUGGCUACUAAAUCAAUAUCUAACGGUGACAUUAGCAGCAGAGAUGCUACUUCAAGAACACAGGCUAAGAAAGAAGUAACGAAUUUGAUGGGAUUAUAUCUGUUGGUUGUUGGAGCAGUGGCUAGUGCAUGGGCUUUCGGAUACUUUGAAUUUUCGUUUUUAUGGGUGUUUUUAUUAUCAGCUUGUCUAUUUCUUGUAUGGAAAACUAAAAUUGGAACUAUUAUUAGGCGACACUUGGACUAUGAGGAGGAUAACUUGCAUAGAAAGCGAGCACUUCGACAAAGCGAAAGUGUUGAGUGGUUAAAUUUCUUAUUGAAUAGAUGGUGGGUGUUCAGUACAUAUUCUAUAGAAGAUUUAGUUAAAAAACGACUAGAUGAGAGAUUAAUAGGAAUAACACCAUCUUUUAUAGAAAAAUUAGAAUUAAAGACAUUUACAGUUGGUGAUCAGACACCAAAUAUUAAACAUGUUCGCGUUUUUGAAUUUUGUGAAGGGGUCCCCGGAGGUCAUAGUAACGUCACAUGGGUCAACGUCAACCAGCCGCCUGCUGGAAUGGACAAGAUGUCCUCCUAUAAAAUUGUGCUGGAGACAGACUUGACGUUACACUGUGAAGAUUUUAAGAUGGUUUUCCGAGCUAAAGUCGGAAAUAAAAAAGUGAGUUUAGGUUUCGAUAUGUCAAUUGAUGAUUUGAAUAUUACUGGUACGAUGCAAGCUAUCGUUCAUCUUAGUAUGGAUAUACCAUUUCCUCACGUCUCUAAGGCUACAAUUUCAUUUGUUGAGAAACCUGACGUGACCUUCAAUAUACACAUGUUAAGAGCUAUACAGUUGAUGGAAGUACCAUUAUUAAAAAGCUGGAUUUAUAAUAACGUUAUGGAGGGACUUACAAAGGCUAUGGUGGACCCCGCCUCUGUAGACCUUCAUUUCGCUAAAGCCGGACCAAUCCAAGUUAAUAGAUCAUCUAUUAAGGAGAAAAAAGCCCAUGGAGUAUUAACAAUAAAAAUAAAGGGAACACCUCAUGAUGAAGCUAUUGCUGAAGAUAUACGAUAUUGUGUUUUACGUAUUGGUGAUAGAAAACGUGAAACAAGAGAUGUUCCUGCCAUCAACGAAUGGGAGGACGUCUGCUCAUUCUUUAUCUAUGAUGUAGCAGAUGAGAAACUAGAAAUAAAACAGAAAUGUAAAAGAUUAUUAACGAGUACUGUGGUUGAAUCUCAUACGAUUAAAUUAUCAGCACAUCCAUUUCGAGUACAGAGCAAAGCUGAAGAUACAUUUACAAAUAGUGAUGGUUCCAAGUUGAAACUAGAUUUAGAAUAUACAGCUUUACCUAAGAUUGAUCUGGAAACAGAACCAGCAAAUCAACAAAUUACAAACAGUUCUGGUGUGAUGUAUGUUAAAAUACAUGGUGCUGCUAAUGUCAUCGCUGCUGAUAGAACAGGGGCCUCAGAUCCUUAUUGUGUGCUCUUCUCAGAUAGACGCAGGAUAUUUACAACACCUUACAUACCUGAGACAAGAAAUCCACGAUGGGAAACAGGUGUUGAAUUCUUUGUUAGUAAUGUUGCCAAGACCAAUUUAUCGUUCUUUGUAUUUGAUUGGGACGGUACGAAUACUAUUGAUGAUGAUUUCCUUGGAUCAGCUCACUUCUCGUUAUCAGAGGAUGAGAGUUGGGUUAUAAAGAAGAAUCUAACAUUAGGAUAUAAUGAUCCGAAGAAGGGUUACGUACAGGAUAGAUCAUGUGGGGAGAUAACUAUAUCUGUUAUAUUUAGACCAGUUCCUUCUGUUGGUAGAUCAGAAAAAUAUCGAGCCUUCUUAGACAGUAUUAGUAGUAAUAACAACGAUUAUUUAUAUCGCGAAGAUCUCAUGUCACCUGCUACGUCAAGUGCCGUGUAUGGAAAACCUCAGUCAUUCCCUGGGAGUGAGGGACCAUUGAAAGCACCAAGUCAUGCCCGUUAUAUGGACACCUACCUUGAAGGAAAGACAAUUGUAGAGUUAACUAUUCUUCAAGGAAAAGAUUUAGUGUCAAUGGAUAGAAAUGGAUUCAGUGAUCCAUUUUGUGUUGUUUUGUUGGACAAGAAGAAAGUUUUUACAACUGGUGUCAAGAAGAAGACAUUAUUUCCUAAAUGGAAUGAAACAGUCACUUUAGAAUAUCCAACAGAAAAUUCGGAAAUGGAAAUUGAUGUAUAUGACAAGGAUAUACUGGGUAAAGAUUUUAUGGGGAAAUUAUUUGUAGAACUCGACAAGUUGAAGGAACUUUCACUGAAGGGAACAUCAGAGUGGUUUUCAUUGGAUCGAGCUAAAUCUGGUAAAAUACAGUUACGAUGUUCGGUGAUAUCUAAAGAUAUGGUAAAUAAAGACAUAUCAUUUGAUGUUACAUCAAAUAGUGAGGUAUUUGAUUCAUCAAUGGAACAAACUCCUCAAAAACAGUCUCAGAUACCAACCAUGUCAACAGAUAAUGGCCACAUGAUUAAUGCCCAAAAUGAUUCGGACGCCCCGCAGUUAAAUCGUAAACAGUCUGCUACACUAGACGUCGGCCCGAAUGUACAGUUACGUCGAUCUGGAUCAGAUAUAAACGUGAAUAACAAUACUUCCCGAUCACGACCAACACAGAGUUUCAAUGAACAUGAUACACAGAGUAUGGGAAGACGAGGAUUCACUGGUGGAAUGCGAUCAGCUGGCUCCGUUAAUUCUAUUGCAUUUGGUGGAAGGGGAGAUAAUCUAUCAGUUGAAAAAUCAAAGUUGAAUGAUGGUAGCUCUAUAGCAGGUGAUAAAGUAUACAGUGUCAAAGGUCAAGUUCUACAGGCUAAAGGUUUAGUUAGAAUGACCAGUGAAAUUUAUUGUAAAGUAAGAGUGGAUCAGCCAGGAAAUAGAAUCUCAUUAUUUUCAAGUACUCGUGUAAUAGCUAAAUCUCCGAUGGUGAAAUCAUCAUACCCAACAUUUAAUCUCCCGUUUGAGAUUGAUAGAGGUCAUGGAAUAUCAUCAGAUGCCACGAUAAUAUUUGAUAUCAAGAGAUCCAGUAAAGAACAUCUAGCAACUAGAGCAUUCACUUUACGACAUUUACUAGCAGAGGCUGAUGAUGAAGGAACAGUGAGAACAACUUUACUUCUCCAGAAUAACAUAGAAAUAGAUAUAGUUAUAUCACAUGGAAAACCCAGUCCACAUCGUAAACGACUUAUUAAUAAUUUAUCUUUCCGUAAAGACAAACAUCUCUAGUGGCUUCAGUAUUAAAUAUAGUAAAACAUGAAAUUAAUGCCCUUUAAAAUUAAUGCCCUUUAAAAUUAAUGCCCUUUAAAAUUAAUACGUGCCAAAAAGGGCUGAUAAUAAACGUGUCUUGAAAUUGAUGUGACUCGUCAGGUCUAGUUCUUUCAUAAAUACCAUUAUCAACAGAUUAAUUUAUUACAAUUAUUUUUUACAACGUAUAAGUCGAUUUUUUUUUUAGGCGGAAGUCAUGACUUCAUCUGAUACUAUAUAUUGACGUAUAUAUACCUCAUAGAAUAUAGUGUAUAAUUUAUUUUAAACAGUGUUAUAUUUGACUAUAUUGAUAAGUUAGUGGCUUAUUAAUAAUGGCGAGGUCACACUAGAAGGCAUUAAUUUCUUGUUUUACCUAGUGUAUUCGGGCCUUAUAUAUAUGUUAAUAAAGAUAAUUAUACAGCAAUAUACAUGUAUAUACGAAACAGGCUGCUUUUAUUAUACAGCAAUAUACAUGUAUAUACAAAACAGAUAAUUAUACAGCAAUAUACAUGUAUAUACAGCAAUAUACAUGUAUAUACGAAACAGGCUGCUUUUAUUAAACAUGAUAUACAUCUUAACAACAACUAAAAAAAGAUGUUUUAUAUUUUUGUAUUUAAGUAUCUUUUUUAAGAAAUCUUCAUUAUCACUGUCACUGUCAGUUGUAAUACUUUUCAUUAUCUUUUUCAAUUGUAAUGGUUUUCAUUAUCACUUUCAAUUGUAAUGGAUUUAUUUUAUAUUUUUUGUAAAAUUGUAAUUAUCCCUUUAAAUUGUAGUGAUUUUCAUUAUCUGUUUCAAUUGAAAUGCAUUCUGUUAUGUUUCAAUUGUAAUUUGUCUGUUAUCCCUUUCAAUUGUAAUGGAUUUCGUUAUGUUUUUCAAUUGUAAUGGAUUUCGUUAUGUUUUUCAAUUGUAAUGGAUUCCAUUAUGUUUUUCAAUUGUAAUGGAUUUUGUUAUGUUUUUCAAUUGUAAUGCUUUCUGUUGUAGUCUUAUCUUUUUGAACUCUAAUUCAUGGUUUCUGAUUUUCCAAUUUAUUUAUAAGGUUUAGUGCUAUAAAUUAUUUAUUAUGGAAUUAUCUGUUUGGUUGUUGAUUUUAUUGUGAAUUCUAGUUUUUCUGAUUAAAUAUAUCCACUGUACACAUAUAAAUAGGUUUUUUUUGUGUGUUGUGAUUUCAAAUUUAUGUUAAUGACUACGUAAUAGUUAAAAUUAUAUCGACAACCUCAACGUCGUGUCGUUAUUAUUUUUUAACAAAAACAAAAAAACAUGUCCAUUACCUCCAAGUAGUAGUGAAGACCAAUGUUUCCUUGUGUGUGCACAUAGCUUAAACCACAAAAUUUACCUCAAAAUAUUAUUUUUUUAACAACAAAAAAGUUAAAAUAAUUUGUGUUCAAGACCAUAAAGUAGUUUUAAAAAUUGAUUCAGGGACCAAAUGUGACAAAGAAGAAAGUUUUUUUCUCUAACCCUACUUUUUUCUUCCAAGUUUUAGGCAAAUAUCUAUAUUUUAAAAAAUGAUAUUUUUUUUAUCUCAGUAAAAUAAAUUUUGAAUAAGUUUCUUUACUUUGAAAUGUGUCGAAUAAAUGAUCUAAGUACAUUAUGAUACACAGAGAUUUAUGUUAAUUAGAGACUCAAACAAAACAGAUCGUUGAUAAUCAAUUGACUGAAGCUGCCUCAAAUAGUGAGCUUCACAGGGCUCUGGUUUCAGUCAUAUUUGCCUGUUUUGACUGACUGUAAAAUUGACUGAAGAACUUUACAUGCCAUAAAGUUGCAAACUUUGAAAGAAUUUAAACGGAAUAAAAACAGUUAAAUUGUGUAGGUUUUUUUGUGUAUAAACACUUGAAAAUAUAUUAAAGAAUUAUGAUAAUGAUAAAAAUUAUUGGAAAAUGAUAAAAAUUCUUUGGAAAAAAAUAUCUUGCUAAUACAUUAAAAAAAAAUGUUCAGCAACAUUUGGUAUUUUCUCCAUUGAAAAGAAUUACCCUUCUGAUUUGUAAAAGAUGGAUCCUUUUUCCAAUCUGCUUGAUAUAAACGGGAUCUUUCAUGUGGUCCUGAAAUUAAUAUUUGUAAUAUGUCUGAAAUCAAUUGAUGUCUUAUGAUCAGAUCUUUGUGAUGAGUCUCUAAUUACCCCUUAUAUUACCUUUGUAUUUCAUUAACCCUUUAGUGCCAGCCUGACGCCUCAAACCUCUUUAAUCAUGUGAAUUAUUUAAGGACUCUAUACUAGUUCUGGGCCUCCUUGUCUUCGAUAUCACCCAAGGAGAAAGCAGACAUUCUGGACCUGAGUCAGUUCACUGUUGUCAAGGGAACAGUAGUUUCGAGUGGUUAUGAAAAUGAUCCACGAAACUCAGUGUAACAAAAAGAUCACUUUUUUCUCAUUUUUUCAGGGACUAGAGUAGUUCUAAAGGGUUAAUUAAGGUGAUAAUAAAAUGAAUUUUAAAGGGGAAAAUGAUUGGAAUAAUUUAGAAAUGUAAUACUGCCUUUACUGAUAAAUGUUUGUUUAUAUAUAUGUGUGUUUAACGUUUGCUGUAUAAUUCAUAUAAAUUUUAAUGAAAAUUUAUGUUGCUGCUGCUUAUAUUAUUUAUGUAAAAAUAUUUUAGAACAGAUGAUGAAAUAGAUUUUUGUGUGCUUUAUUGCCGCUCAAAUUCAUGAUGGUUGGUUUGACAAAUGAUUUUGUUAUCUAGAUUGAACUGGACAUGAAAUAAUCAAGGUUGGGCAAUCCAGGAGAAACAAAUUUUGCUUGUUAGGAUCUAGAAAUGUUCAAAUGUUGAUAAUGGAAAAAUACUGACAUACCAAAUAUAUUGCAAUAUAUCAGUAUUUUUACAUCCCUUCAACUAUCUGUAAAUUACACAUUAUAUUUUAUAUUUGAACCUAUUUGAGUUUAAUUCAUUCUAAGCUGUGUGGCUGAUUGUCUUUUCGUAUUUUCAUCAACAAACAUUGUGUACUGGCAAGUUGUGUUGAGAGUUGACGUCCUUGUAUCGUUGAUGUCACGUUGAUUGUAACGUGUGUAUUUAAAUCAUUAUUCUUAUCAUUCAACAGAGACCUUGUGACUGUUUUCAUUGAACUGUUUUAGAAACUGUCAAGGGCUCCUGUUUCACUUGUAUUUUACCAGUCUCGACUGACAGGCAGGGAAAUUGACCAGCUAAAGAACUAACCUAUCAGUCAAAUUACAAUUUUAAACAAUUUAAAUUAAAACACAAUAAACACAGGGUAAAUUUGAAAAAAAAAAAAUAGAUAUUUAGAUAACAUUUAAAAAAAUACCAAUAAAAUGGGAUAAUUGAAAUUGAAAAAUAUUUCUUUCUGAUCGUAAACAAAAUAUAUCAAAAGUUGUCCAACUGGUAAAAUUUUGAACUGAAAGCCCUUGACUUGACGCUACCUAAAUUCCUGUGUCGUAAAACAAGGACAGCUGAUUCCUGUGACUUGUGAAACUUAGUUCAUUGACUUUAGCUACAUUAAUGUUUUAUAAACUAUGGACAACUUUCAAAAAAGUUUUUAUUUAUUUUCAAACAAGUUCACCAAAAAAUUAUGCACAACUUUCAAACUCAUUAUAAAUUAUUUUAUAAACGAAUUCACCUAGAAAAUUAGGCACUUUAUUAUUUAUUCACCAAGAAAGUAAGUACAACUGUCAAUAAGUACGUUAUUAUUUAUUCUACCGACAUGUUGACCACCAAGAAAGUUUGUACAACUAUCAACAAGCACGUUAUUAUUUGUCUGUCUUGCCACCAGCAUGAAUUGUUUAUAGUUAGUUUUGUACAUAUUUUGUUUUUAAUUAUAUAAUAUAUUAUAUACACCUGUAGAUUAAUUGUAGAUAAUUAGAUUAGUUUAAUAUAUGUAAGUUAGAUAGAAGGGAGUUAUAUGGAAACUUUGUCAUCAUAUAGUUCAAGUUUAUUUCAAUAAUUCAAUUGCAUGUAGCGGUCUUUAGCAGUGCAAGGAAACUGGAGGUUGGACGGGCGACCCUACUCCUUGUCGCGUACUGGUGUGGGGUCGAACUCAUGCCGCUUGACUUAAUAGACGACCAUAUGAUAUAUAUAUAACUUUAGACCAUUUAACUCCCUUGUUAGGUAAAAUGUGAGUUUCAAUGUUUAAUCGUAUCCUGAUCACUUUCUAAGGUUGUCUCUUGAUUUUAUGUAUUGGUCGAAAACUAUUAAUAACAUGAUUUGAAUUUACAAUACUUUGAUUAAUUUGCUGCUUAAUGAUAAAUUUCAAAUAUCAUACAAUAAAAGGCAGCUUAAUUCAUAUACGGCUUUGUAAAAUAAACUAUAUAUACAGUCAGUUGUUAUAACAUAUCAUCAUGUCUAUUAGCUUGAUAAUCUUCUCACCAAAGAAAUUACAGGGUUUAGAGAACACCUGGCUCCCGAGUUCACAAAAUUUGGUCGCCGUAUUUUAACUAAAAUAUAUCCCUUUAUAAAACUUUUGUUGUUUUAAUGUAUCAAAUACAUCAAUAAGAAGUUAUGAGCAAAGUUAUGUGUUUCUGAAUCAAAGAUAUUUCUCAUAGACAGUGAUUGAAAGUUGAGUAAAUUAUUAAGUCUGAGAAUGGUUUGUGAACUCGAGGCCUGGAAAACAAGGCUCAUGUUACAGUCGUAUUCUACAAGUCUUGACUGAUUGGCGAAACUACUAACAAUACAUGUAUAUAUGAACAUUGGACUAAUAACCCUAACCCUGUCGUAUUCUACAAGUCUUGACUGACUAGCGAACCUACUGACAAUAUAUAUGAAUAUUGGAAUAAUACCUGAAACUGUCAGAUUCUUUUUUGAAAAAAUUAUCUCCAGUAACUAAAAUAAACCUCCAAAAUUGACCGACUGACAAAAGUUUGAAGUGAAACCCCUGCUUCACACCAAUCACACCGCAACCAUAGAUAAUCUUUGACGUGUUUCUUUAAAAAGAAAUCCUGCCAAUUGUAGAGUUAGUUAGUUAUUCAGCCAUUCUGUAUUUGCCUUGUUACAUCACAUUUUAUAGUUUAUUAUUAAAUAGAUCAGGGCAUUAUUCUAACCACAUUUUACUUUUUUUUUUUCAAAUUUAGAAAGUAGUCAGUGUUAUGAAGUGCUGUUAUUUUAUUUUUGUUAAGAGUUAGAAAAAUACAACAUGAAUUAAAAUACAGAAUAUGGAAACUUAAAAUACUUUUAAAAUUCUCAUGGUUGAUUGGCCGAGAACUAAAAGUAUAGCGCAAAUUUUAGUUGUUAAACCAUUUUUUGACUGAUAUUCCGUUUAGAGGUUCAACUUUUACAAUAUUGUAGUAGAGGGUUCAAAAUCCCUCAAAUGGCAUUCAGAGACUUUAACGAAGAGGUGCACUUUUAAGACCCAUUUUUUGAUUGAUAUCUCCUUUUAAAGAUUCAACUUGACAACCCCUCAAAUUACGAUUAGAGACAUUAUUAGAUAUUGUUAGAAUGUUAAUUCACCUAAAAUAAUGCUUUUUACAUUUUAUAAAUUAUAUUUACAAUACCAGACAUUUAACCACAUGGCAUAUCAUAUUUUGUGUAGUGUCUUCGUUGUUAUUUACAAUAUCAGACAUUAAACCACAUGGCAUUUCGUAUUCUGUGUAGUCUAUUCAUUGUUAUUUUAUAUAUUUAAAGAUUGCGGAUUUCUUUUUUCUCUUGUAAUUUUGGUUUUCUUUAUCUUGACAUCUCAUUUCUCAUUUUAUUGACCUUAAUUUACAAUCUGAAUAAAAUAAAAACAACUUA